AUGGGGCCCCCGGGCAAUAAGGGAUCAUGGGGCCCCUGUGUCCUUGCCCAAACUCAAAAAAGCCUAUGAAAAAGUUACCAGGGGCAUCUCAUGGGGCCCCCUACUGACCCCGGGCCCUCGGGCAGUGCCGAGUUUCCAAAUGGUCAGUCCACCCCUGCAUACAUAUAUUGUGCGAUUAGCAAAUUGAAAUCACACCUCAAAUCUCUAAUGAAUGUGAAUGUCAGUGUCUUAACAUGUGCGAUUUUCUGCAGCGCAGUUUCUAAAAUAGUUCUGGCAUUACUUUUUCUGCAGUUUAAUGUGAUUUCA